CGAGCCAGCGAGAGAGAGCGAGUCCCAAAUUCGAAUUUCAAGCCGUCGUAUGCGACGGCGUAAUGGCUGGUGGAGCUAUCACUCCCGCUUCUCUGAUCGGUCUUAUCGCCGAAAUCAAUGAGGUUCCGGUGAAUUUCGGGGUGUUCAAGAAGGAUUGUGCCGAUCUCGCGCGACGAGUUGGUCUCUUGACGCAUUUGAUUGAGGAGAUUAGGGAUUUUUCUCCUCCUCCGCCGGAAUCUGAUGCUUCGUCUUCUUUGAUUUCUUAUGAAUGUGAUUGGUGGUCUGAUCUUGUUGUGGGGCUUCAAGCCGCGAAGCGUCUUUUGUCUUCAGCUACUAGUUUCCAAGCUAGCGAGUCCUCUGAUGGGGCUGCCAAGAGAAUCUUAUUCCAGUUCCAAUGUGUUACAUGGAAGUUGGAGAAAGCAUUAGGUGAUUUGCCAUAUGAUCGAUAUGACAUCUCUGACGAAGUCUGCGAACAGGUGGAACUAGCAAGAUUGCAGUUAAGAAGAGCAAUGCAGAGAUAUGGAUCUUUAAAUUCGAAGAAGUUCUCGAGUGAUUUAUCUGAGCCAAUGGAGAAAGAUGCCUCAAGCAAUACAAAGAGCAAAGUUAUUGAGAGGUUGGAGAGUAUUUCAGAAACAGUGCAUUCCAACGCUCCUUUAUCAGAUGAGAAGAAAUUUGAAUCAGCGCCUCCCCGGAAGAGCUCUUCGGUUUCCUUGGCCUUCUUUUUAUCAAAGGAUGCUGACGAUGAGAGAUUAGAGAAAGUAGUUACCAAGAACAGUGAUGACUCACAGAAAUCGGAUAAACUCACGAUCCCUGAGGAUUUUCUUUGUCCAAUCUCUCUGGAACUGAUGAAGGAUCCUGCUAUUGUUUCCACAGGACAGACAUACGAGAGGUCGUACAUACAGAGAUGGAUAGACUGUGGAAAUCUGAGAUGCCCAAAGACCCAGCAGAAACUCAAAAACUUUACUCUUACUCCAAACUAUGUCCUCAGAAGCCUGAUAUCCCAGUGGUGCACUAAGCACAACAUUGAGCAACCAGGUGGUUACAUGAACGGUAGGACCCAAAACCCUGAUGGGUCUUUCCGUGACCUAAGUGGAGACAUGUCAGCGAUCCGGGCAUUGGUUCGUAAACUCUCUAGCCGAUCAAUCGAAGACCGCAGGACUGCGGUUUCUGAAAUCCGCUCUCUGUCAAAAACAAGCACGGACAACCGAAUUCUGAUUGCAGAAGCAGGAGCCAUCCCUGUUUUGGUCAAGCUUUUGAUCUCAGAGGACACAGAAACGCAGGAAAAUGCUGUCACUUGCAUUCUUAACCUCUCCAUAUACGAACACAACAAAGAACUGAUCAUGCUUGCAGGAGCAGUCACAUCUAUAGUGCUAGUCCUCCGAGCUGGAACCAUGGAAGCUAGAGAAAACGCUGCAGCUACUCUCUUUAGCCUUUCGUUAGCUGAUGAAAACAAGAUCAUAAUAGGCGCAUCGGGUGCGAUACUAGCCUUAGUGGAUCUGCUUCAGUAUGGAAGCGUCAGAGGGAAGAAAGACGCAGCCACGGCUCUGUUUAACUUGUGUAUUUAUCAGGGAAACAAAGGCAGAGCGGUUAGAGCCGGUAUAGUAUACCCAUUGGUGAAAAUGCUGACUGACUCCUCGAGCGACAGGAUGGCCGAUGAAGCCUUGACCAUACUCUCGGUUCUAGCUAGUAACCAAGUCGCGAAAACUGCGAUUUUGAGAGCCAAAGCGAUACCACCUUUGAUAGAUUGUCUCCAGAAGGAUCAACCGCGAAACCGAGAGAACGCAGCUGCGAUACUACUAUCUCUUUGCAAGAGAGAUACUGAAAAACUAAUCUCCAUUGGUAGACUUGGAGCUGUUGUUCCAUUGAUGGAACUAUCAAGAGAUGGUACAGAGAGAGCUAAACGAAAAGCUAAUUCUUUGCUAGAGCUUCUCCGUAAAUCAUCCCGAAAAUUAGUGAAAGCUGGUACUGUAGUUAAAGAUUUUCCCGGUCACGUUCUCUUGGAAUCAGAAGCGGUGAAGCGUUUAGGAAUCAGAGCAAAGCCCUUAGAGCCUCACCAAAACUUGGAAUCCAAAAGGCUUUACUUCAUGGUGGAACUUCCAAGAACAUGGAAAGAGAGAACUCCAAGAAGGGUUCGGUCGGGAAUACAGAUGAGUGCGAAGGAGAGACUAGAAAAUCUGAAGCUGUCUCGUAGAUCAUCAUCUGAUCUCUCGGUAAUGAAGAAGAAGACAGAGGAGGUUGAUGAUGAAGAGAGAGAAGUGAGUAGCGUGAAGUUGAAGUUACCAAAGUGGAAAAUUGAGAAACUGAGGAAAGAGAGUGAGAGUGGCUCUGAUUUCUCCAACAAGAUCACACAACUUUGUCUCCUUCACAUACCAAGUGGUUUGAUUCAUCAAAGACAACAACAUUUGCUUCGUAAUGGAGGAAGAAACUUUGGGAUUGAAGAAAAAGAAGAAGGUGCCAAAAUCACAUGAGGUGAUCAUUAUUUUUUAAGGGCUUUGAUCUUAUUUUAUUUUUGUUGAAACAUCGAUCCGUUUCUCAAGCCAUGUUUCUUGCAUCUUUAAUUACACUAGGAAACAAAUGUUCUCCAACUUG